UGUCUUUUAUAUAUAUUAAACCCGAGUAAAACAUUGUACCACUUCAAAUUUGAGGAGUCCUAGUUAUGGAAGUUGCUUCUGUAAACGAACUUGGUGAUUUAUUAGCAUUUAACCGACGAGUAUUCUGAGAAUUAUUUAGGAUGGAAGCAACAGAAAUUUCAAGUCUCCGAAAAAGAACACAGUACACGCGGCCAAGGGGAACAACUCUUCAACUAAACAAAUUACGACAAAGUGAAUUGAAGCAACUGACGGUGACGCGAGUGGCAGCAGAUGACGCAACGUGUCAAAGAUGGGUGAAAAUAUAUCAUACCGACAUGAGUUUAAACAUCAAACAUAUAAGCAAGCAGCAAAAUUUACUACGUCGUUCAAUGAGACAUUACACGAAAACAUUGCGUCACAAUAGAAAAGAACGAGAAAAACGUGAACAAGAAUUGAAGCAGAAAAGUCAGCUGACAGUUCCUAAUGUGUUAACUUUAGAUGUCAUUACAGAAGAAACUGAAGUUGACAGUAAAGAAAAAGAUACAGAACUUGGUGGCGAAAACGAGUCAACGAAGGAAUGUCCGGAAAUUUCUAGUGACAUAAAUCAAGAUUCUAGUGAAAUCAAAGACUCCAGUGACUCCAUUGACGAUCCAAUUUGUGAUAAAACUGAACAAUCUCCAAUGAUAAAUUUGACUAAAAAUUUGCAAAACGAAAGAAGCCACCAUACAAAUAACAGCCCUAAGCUUGAUGAUAUGGGUGUCAUUUUUUAUUCGAAAAAGAAACAGAAAAAAACAAAAGCUGCUGUAUGUUAUUCCGAUUUGGUGAAACUCCAACAUUCAACAAAUACACAUCAGCUCUUUAAACUCGUGGAUCAGCUAGCUAAAUUGCACGGUGUAACCGAACAUGGCGUCGCUCCGGAGAAAGAUAUCAAAGAACCAACUGAACCAUUACGAAGAAAUUCAUUAUAUUACACUAUAAACUACGGAUACGACGUACCAGAAGAGAGUACAAGCGAGCCAGUUCCAAACGUGCAGCCAGAUAAAAGUUCUUCUGAAAGAAUCUAUGACUCGAACAAUUUGAGUGUUACAGAAACCUCACCCGCAUAUAACAGAAUAUUUUCAGUUGCAGAUAAUGAAUUUUGGCGGGAAGUUCAUCGAGCCAGAGUCUUAGGAAAUUGCAGUCCAUUACAUCCGACGUUAUCAGAGACAGACGGCACGGGCGAAUCAAAAAGUACUAGACGUCGAAGGAGAGGAUCUGACUUCCCCCUUCUAGUUGCAGAUUAUUCGGCUAUAAAAAGUAGAGCGCUGCUGAUGGAUGGAAGUGACAAGUUAUUAAGCCAGAAAACGAUAGCUUCAACAAAAUCGUCUCAAUAUUAUCGUCAACAACAUAAUAAGUUACCGCCCUUAACUAAAGGACUUAAAACAAAGUGAUUCUACUUGAUAUUCUUUCCUUUAAUGUUUGGUUUUAUACACUUAUACUUUAAUAAGAAUUGUUAUAUCAUUUUUCAUCGGAAACCAUAAGUAUAGUCGGCUAUUGUCAUAUUUACAAUUUUUACUCGAUAUAAAUGCUUAUAGGAUACCUUGCAAGAGGCUGCAAUUAAAACGGACAAAGGGGAUUUUCUUCUUAAAAUUCCUUCCCUCUGAUCACUCCAAAUUGUGCAUCGCAGCUACUACACAUAGUCGACUCCUUUCUCAUUAGAGUAAUCUACUCUAUGAAAGACACACACUUCAAAAAUAAUACCGAUUGAUGGAUUUCUGACACCUUAAUUCCAAAUACUUUCUUGUGUACGUAUACAUCGUUUAGUGUAACUUUACGUUAACCUGCAAUUUCUCAAAUAGGUUGCCAUUUGCUAAUACCAUACCUCAAAAGACAAGACCGGCAGUAUUUCUACUU